CAAGAUUCCAGCUUCUUAAAUGUGAAUAUUUUCUGGUUUCUUUACUUCACCAUGACAGUAAACUGAAUUGCUUUGUCUUUUGGAGAAAUAUAUCAAUUGUUUAAUUACAUUACAUUUGUUACAUUUGUCACCAUUGUCAACCAUUUUAUAGACAAGCGGCUAGUCAAAAAAAACAUCAUUAGUUGCAACCAGUAUUUGUUUUUGUCAUGUCAAUACAUGUCGGAUCUUGUUAUCUUGUUUUUUGUACACUGCAGCAUUUGACCUAACAUUCAGACUUCAUUAAGAGGAGUUCUUGUAAUGAAGCAGCAGAUGACUGAGUAGAUCUAAUCCGUAAUCAGUUUCCAGAACUGUACUGCUCCCAUCUCUCUCCUAUAAUCUCUGAAAAUUAGCCUUCUUUGUUGCCGUGACCUAGCUGUCGAGUCUAGCAGAUGAUGUAACGCAUGAAAGGAAGUCACACACCCCUCACCCCUUGAGCUAUCUUUAAGCUAAAAGAGCAGCGAGGGAGUGUGCGUUCAUUUUUGGCAUCAGAUAACUGAGACCAGGGACAGCCAAUGGUCACUCUGCCAGCAGUGGAUGUCCUAAACAGUGCUAGCAGAUUAGAACAUGAAGAGGCCUUCUUCAGUAAAGGUGUGACAGUAAUCCAGCUGUAACCCAAGAUGCCUCUCAAUGAUGAGCGACCUGCCUCCGCAUCCGGCGGGGAGAAGCAGGACGUGGAGUCGUCAUCAGAGCGCAGCGACAGCGUGACCUCAGCCAGCUCCCGGGAGAGCUUCACCAGCGACGACUCCAGCAAACACUGCACGCCCUCCUCAAGCCCACCCAAAACCUUAACUCUGGAUGAAGUGAUGGAGUCUGCCAGAGACCUGUCCAGUCUCCGCCUCGCUCAUGAGAUCGCCGUGAACCACGACUUCCACGUGGAACCAGAAAGCCUCCCUGAGGGCAGUCUUACUAAGCUAGUUAGAGAUACUCUCCACAAGGCCUUCUGGGACAUCCUGGCGUCCGAGCUGACCGACGACCCUCCUGAGUAUGGGCAGGCCAUCAGAUUAUUGGCGGAGAUCAGAGAGAUUGUAUUGUCCUUUCUUAAUCCGGGGGCCAAUCGGAUGCGGACACAGAUCAUGGAGGUGCUGGACAUGGACCUGAUUCGUCAGCAGGCUGACAAUAAUGCUGUAGACAUCCAGGGGCUCGCCUCCUACAUUAUCUCCACCAUGGGCAAGUUGUGUUGUCCCAUUAGGGAUGAGGAGAUCAAGAAGCUCUGCCAAAACUCAGAUAACAUGGUGACAAUGUUCAGGGAGAUCUUCCGACUGCUGGACCUGAUGAAGACUGAUUUAAUCAACUAUGAAGUCGAUACUCUGAGGCUUUUGCUGCAGAGGCACGGUGCGGAAUGUGAGAGGGAAAUGUUUCAGAGCGUUCUGGACAAAACUCCCAGUGCUUUGAAUCACACCACCUCGUGGCUCAAGUCCGCCCUGGAGGAGCUGACGAACAAUAUCCGAGAAGAACAGACUCACAAUCAGGGGAAGGGCCAGCUGGUGCCCGGGCCCUUCCAGGCCCUCAACAUCGCAUUCCUCCACAUCCUCACAUGGGAGAACAAUAAGAGCCCGCUGCCUGAGACCUUGAUGAAUGACGAGACACGUUUGCAAAAGAUCCAGCAGCAGCUGCAGCAGAUUCAGGCGGUGAACGAGGUGCUGCUCAUCAUCUUCAGCACCAUCGGGGGGGCAAUCCAGGGUCUGCCCCUCCUGUCCGACCGCCUGAAGAGGAUGACCAGUGUGCUGCUGGACGGGAUGCACAGCCCGGACUUUAACCAGGAGGAGGCACUAGAGGGCGUCAGUGCUCAGAUCUGCAGCGAGCUCAACAAGUCUUUGACAGAGAGGAGCUACCCCCCGUUGCCCCCCGCACUGCAGGCCACCCUGACAGGCCAGAUUCUCAGCAUCACUCAGAAGGACAACCCCAUCCGCACUCUCGUUGAGGACCGUGUGCAGCAGUACUUCAUGGCACUCAUCUGUGAUCCUAAACCUCAGAGCAAACUUGAACAAGUACCAGUUGGCUUGACUGCUAUCAAGCCUGAACUAGCAUUGUUGGGAGCAAGGUUCAUCUCUCUGGUUAACUACAAUAAAACAGUUUAUGGACCUACCUAUGGGGGUAUCUUACGGAAGCUGAUGUUCAGCAGCAGCCCGCCACCAGCAAACCCUCCUCAAGACACCGCCCAGGACUCAGUCACCUCCAAAUAA